AUGGUUGAAUGCGUCCAUGCUAAUGCCCAGUCUCGUUCGCCCUCUUAUGUUGACUCCGACUCGAUUGUCUUCAAAAAUGAGAGGAAUGACUUGGCUUUGAGAUUCUUAACUGAUGCUAAGAAGGCUCAGAAAGCGAUGGAGGAUUGCUCAGAUGUUUGCGCGAUUUAUUUCCCUGCAGACCUGGACGUUGCCUUCAACUCAGAAAUUGAGAAUCGACUUGCGGCCGACAUUUGCGAGUGGCGCUUUUUCACGUGCCUUAGCAAAUCGCUCAAGGAUUUGGCAAUUAGCAUGUCUCGUCUUUGUUCUCUCCAGGUGAAUUUGAGUUACGAGCGAAGAACUCUGCUUCACCGUCACCUGGCCUGGAUUUAUAUCAUGGACGAAGUCUGUGAAAGAUUGCCGGUGUAUGGACUGCAUGAUACUGUGGAGAAAACGUAUCUGGAAAACCUCAAAAACAUCACAAGGAAUCUUCCAAUUGAAGAUUUGAAUCAAUACAAGGGGAUUUGUCCAGAUGAUCUGCUCCACAUGGCUCUCGACGUGCAAAAGAUUCUCGCCGAGGAUCUAAUGCCACUCAAAAGAGAAUUGCUGGAGGAAAGUCACGUUCAGAAGUGCUCUGAGACACUUUGUCUUUUCAUUGAUUACCAAUAUGAGGAGGGAAAGAUCUUUUUGGAAAGACCAACGUCUCAUGAAACCAUGCCGACCAGGGUUUAUACAAUCGGUAUCAACAUGGUUUUCCUUCUUUCUUUGCAGACACCCAUAGUUGAAGUCUACAACGCGAAUGAUAUGGGUCUUGUUCAGCUUUCCAUCAUUGGGGCCCUCUAUCAUGACUUUAUUGGCUUGCAGAAGGAUCUUAAUUGUCGAGAUCUAAAGUUGGACGGCUCUAUCGGCUUGAAUCUUGUCGUGGCUAGUAUGAAAGAGAGCGGAUACAAUGAAAAAGAAGCAAUGCAGGCAAUGGUUCGGAGAUUAAAUUCAUAUUGUCACGACCUCCAAUUUUUUAUGUCGGCCUAUCCUCCCUUAUACAAGCAAUUUUAUCAGGCCGGACUCCAGAUUGUCUUUGCCCUCCACGAUUAUCACCUGAUGGGUGCCACAGAAAGCUCCAACAGCCGUUAUGGCUGGCAUCGAGUCAGUGACUACAAGCAUAGUGAGAGCUCACAGGAUCCCCGGGCCCCCUAA